AUACUCAAUAAUUUCUCAAUAAUAAGUAUGAAGAAAUCACCAAAGAUAGAGCCACCCACAUUUAUCCCAAAAACAAAAUAAAAAAGAUAGACCAAAUAUUAUCUGUCUCAAUCCACAACAACAACAUUCACGAUUAUUCAUUCAUUCAUCGUUAUUCAUUGAUCAAAAAACAAUUAACACUUAUGUCUAAUUCAAUUUCCACUACCACCGAAAUUAAUACCCCACUUCUACAACAAAACCACUCAGUACUCCCAAAACAAGAAGACUCAAUUCCACAAAAUGGAACAAUUUCAGGAGCAGUAUUCAAUAUAUCAACAACAAUGGUCGGUGCCGGAAUCAUGUCGAUUCCGGCAACGAUGAAAGUUCUCGGAAUAAUUCCGGGAUUAAUUGUGAUUUUAUCGGUGGCAGUUAUAACAGAUUUAACUGUUGAGUUUAUGUUGAGGUUUACAAGUUCUGGUAAAGCGGUUACUUAUGCGGGUAUGGUGGGUGAGUCUUUUGGUUCUGUUGGAUCUCUUGCUGUUAAGAUUUGUGUUAUUACCACUAAUCUUGGUGUUCUUAUUGUCUAUUUCAUUAUUCUUGGUGAUGUGCUAUGUGGAAAUGAGUUCAACGGUACCACACAUUUAGGUAUUCUACAACAAUGGUUUGGCAUCCACUGGUGGACCUGUCGCGCGUUUGCUCUUCUUAUUGUUGCACUCUUCAUUAUGCUCCCUCUAGUUAUGUUACGCCGUGUAGAUUCACUCAAGUACAGUUCUGCAUUAUCAAUCGCGCUAGCAUUGGUUUUUGUUGUAAUAUGUUCCUCAAUGGCAUUUCAUUCAUUAUGGUCCGGAAAAACACAGUCGGUGAGACUAUUUCCUGAUUUCUCGCAAGUCACUGCCCUUGAUCUUUUCACCACUGUUCCUGUAUUUGUCACAGGCUUUGGAUUUCAUGUUAAUGUUCAUCCCAUUAGAGCAGAGCUUGUAAAACCAUCAGACAUGAGUAUCGCCGUGCGACUUUCGUUAUUAAUCUCCGUUGCCAUUUACUUUGCUAUCGGAUUCUUUGGGUACCUAUUAUUCGGGGACUCAAUCAUGCCGGAUGUGUUGAUAAACUUCGACCAGAACUCCGAUUCGAGUGUUGGUCGAUUGCUAGAUGACAUUAUUCGGCUAAGCUACGCGCUCCAUCUCGCACUUGUGUUUCCUAUCAUGUUCUAUUCCUUGAGGGCCAACAUCGAUGAAUUAUUAUUCUCAAAUAAGCGUCCUUUGGCUUUGGACACCCGAAGAUUUGUGUCACUCACUCUUGUUUUGCUAGCAUUCACAUAUUUUGUGGCUGUGGAAAUUCCAAAUGUUUGGUACUUUUUUCAAUUCUUGGGAUCUACCACCAUUGUUUGCCUCUCAUUCCUCUUCCCUGCUGCAAUCAUUUUAAGGGAUAUGCAUGGUAUAUCAAAAACAAUAGAUCAAGUAAUGGCAACAGUGGUGAUUAUUUUGGCUGUUGGGACAAGUGGAAUUGCUAUAUGGACCAACUUAAAUGGUUCCAGUGCUGAUUAAUUACCAUAAUCUCUAUUACACCAAUGAAUCCUUUUCAAGUUUGAGGUUUCAUGAUGAUUCAGUUCUCACCAAAAGAGUGAUUCUGCUUCUACAAAGAUAUGAAUAAUACUUGUGUAUAUGAAGUUAUGCAAAUAGUGUAUCACAUGAUUUGGUGUACUUGAAUUCUCUUAUUCUUUCAAAUUGUUACAAUGUUAUAUAUUA